UAUAACAGUUGUAAGUGAAAAAUGGAUGGUGAGGGGAAAUUAGGAAGACAGUUAGUUCCAGGUCUGCUGUUGAUGCCUGAUACAACAGGACUAAGUGGUGAUGUAAGUCAAGGUCCAGGCUAUCUAGGAGGUCUAAAUAGAGCCCCAGGUGGACCACUACAGAAUCAAGAAGUUGGAAACAAAAUGGCAAUAAAAACAACUUCAGCUAUUGCAAAAGAAUUGCUUGAUUCUGGAGCUUCACCAACUGCUGAAGCUCUUUCCAAGUCUGGACAUAAACCUGUAGUUUGUGCACAAACUCAGAUGACAGUAAGACCAAAACAGCAGCUCAUGUAUUUGGCAGACGUUCUUGGUUUUCACGUCCAUUUUCGAGAUUUUCCAAAGAGUAAUAAGCUUGAAUAUUUAUCACUGGUAUCUUUAUCAACAAAUCCUCCUCAUGUCAGUCAUGGUGCUGGUCCAACCAUUGAUGCCUCUCAUGAUCAGGCUGCUCUUAGUGCUUUACGCUCACUUGCAGAACUUGGUCUAGACUCUGUAACAGAAGGUGCAAAAUCAGAACGUGUUAACAUUUCAGCUGGUGAUGGGAGGCAUAUCACAAGUAUCCAGGGCACUGCACCCAAGUUGACAAGCUCCAUGACUGGCAAAAGCCUCAACAGUAACGUCAAGCAGGGAGCUUCAAUCUCUGUUAUUACUAAGGGUGAACACUGAAGGAUGACAGGCCUGGUUCACGACUGGGUACACAGUAAAUUCAUCUCACCAUUUCCCUGUCUGAGCCAUGCUUCGCAUCUUGAUGAUCACAUGUGAAGACAACAGCAUUUCAUCAUUUCUCGCUGUCAUUAUUGGAAAUGUCUUCAUAAACUCUUAUAAUUUGUUCCAUCUAUUUCAGUGUAAAUACAAGUAUAUGAUGGAACGUACUAUCUCCCGAUUUUUUUUUUCCCUAACUUCAUUAAAAUUUAAUUCUAUGAAAUGAGUAAGGUGUUACCCAUUCAAACUCCCAUCUUUUUCUUUACCUUCAUACAAAGUGUAUCUGUAGAGUGUUUGUGGUUGUUAUAAUGCAGUGCAUUAAGUUUAAUUUUUAAAAGUUUGUUGUAUAAAAGCCUAUUAAUUCAGUGGUAAGAAACCAUUUAGCAUUAUUUGAUAACUUUGUACAAGAAGAAAAAUUGUUGCAGAUUAAGAAGUUUACACACAUCGGAAUCCUUGAGUGUUUUUACAAAGUAUUUUUGUCUGUAUUGAUUGUUCUACACAAUAUAUUGUUUAACCAUAGACUGUGGUUCAUCAGAGCUGUAUAGGUUUAAUUUUGUAAUAGUGAAAAUUUUGAAUGUACUUGUAAUUGUCAUGUGAAUGUAUACAGUACCCUUUAACAGCAGUAAUAUUUAGAUUGACACAUAAAUGUGUCAAAGUUAACUUUAUAAGAACCUACCAAGUUAGUUACUUUUACACUGGAUUAUACAAGAUGGCAUAGAUUUAAUUCUGAAACAUAAUUUGAUUUCUUUUUCAUGGAUUAUGUAUGUUUUGCAAGGAAGUACACAGUAGGUACUUAACAGGUGUGUAUUGUGAGGUAUAUAUAAAAUACAUAGGAAUUUUCAUGACAGUUCAUCAUAUAUAUUUCCAAUUAACUACAUUGACCUCAAUGUUGGUAGUAUCAGUUACUUUGACAAAUUGAAGUAACUGGAGAAGCUAUUGGUGUGCUCAAAAUAUAUCUGUAAAGCUUCAGACCUAAAAUGCUAGUGAAUACCAUUUAAUUGUGCUAUUUAUUAUUAGUGACACAAUUAUACUUUCCCAACUUGAACAUUAAGCUAAAUAAUUAAUUAUGGGAAAUCUUGUACUUGAUGGUAAAUGUGCAUAGAGUCAAUGAUGGAUAAACCUCCAAGAUAUGAGCGUUUCUUGUUGAUAUUCCUGCCAUAAGAGUUAGUAUUUCUAAAAUGAAAUUUUUGCAGGAUCUGAAGGCUCAUUAACUAGAUAGUGAGUCAUUUUAAUUAUCUCUGCUUUAAAUAUUGGUUUCUAUUUAUACUAUUAGUGUUAAAAACUGAUAACAUCACUUUGUUAAGCUAUACUUAACACUGAUACUAACUUUACUGAAAAAUGAGAGAGAGUACAUAUGUUAUAUCUUCCCAUCACAGUAAUACUCUUAAACUAGUACCACAAAUCACUUAAAGAUGUAGAAGUAGCUUUGAAGUUAUGAUGUAAAUUUCAGAUGUGGUUGCUAUUUGCCCAGUUUAGUUUGAAAAACUGAAUGUGGGUUAUGCUGCUCUAUUUUUAUGUUGUUAAUGAUUCUGGACAUGUAGUGUUAAAUGUAGGUAAAAGUUUAGAGAUUACAAAUAAAGCCCAUUAUGUAAUAAUAACUGUCUUCUAUUUAAAUUGUAAUAAGUACUUUUCCUUGAAAAAUUUUGUUAUUGGUAUGCCUCCAUGCACAAAUAGUAAAUAUUUUCUGUGUGCUUCCUUGUUGUUGUCUUCAUGUCUUAUCAUUCAUUUACUUUUAAAGAUAAAAAAUAAACCAGAAUGUGUGGAUAUGCAUGGUUUCCUGCUGC